AAAAAAAAAAUCGGUGGCUUAUGGUCGUCUCCGAUUUCCACUCUCUGGGAGACAGAAAAACCUCAUAAUCAAAUUGUUCACUCUCCUUUAUAUUUGUUCUCUCUGAAGCUGAGAAGCUUCGAUUCUUGUGUAUUUGCUUGCCUUUUCUUGAUUAUGAUGUCGUUUUGAGUCUAUGUUUCUCUUUCCCAACCGUUAGCUGCUUUCUGCUGGAUCCAUUUUAUUCUGGUUGAAGAGGUCCUUACUGUUGUCUUCUUGGAGUUGUUUUCCCCGAGACCAUUCUACUUGAAGAGAAGCAUUUAAGUGUAUUAAUACUUUGAUCAUCUGAACUCAGCGAAGUAGAGUUGGUGUGAUGAAUGUUAAUGAGGACGGUGAGGGUUCGCGUUACCCAAUCACUGAUCCAAAAACUGGAGAAACGAAUUUCGAGAGGAUUGAGAGUCGGACAGAGAGGCAUAGUGGAGAAGAUAAAGCCAAUGGAAACACUUUGGAUGUGAAGAACGGGAGUGCAGGGGCUGGGCAAGGCUCUGCUGGACUGCAAAUUCCACAGUCGCAACAAACAGCGGCUACUGUUUGUUGGGAAAGGUUUCUUCAUGUGAGAACCAUAAGAGUUCUGCUAGUUGAAAAUGAUGACUGCACUCGUUAUAUCGUUACUGCGCUUCUUCGUAAUUGUAGCUAUGAAGUUGUUGAGGUUGCAAAUGGUGUACAAGCUUGGAAGGUGUUAGAAGAUCUAAACAAUCAUAUUGAUAUUGUGCUAACGGAGGUAGUUAUGCCUUACUUAUCUGGUAUCAGCCUCUUAUGCAAGAUUUUGAAUCACAAAUCUCGUCGGAACAUCCCUGUCAUCAUGAUGUCAUCUCAUGACUCAAUGGGGCUCGUCUUUAAGUGCUUAUCAAAAGGAGCAGUUGACUUUCUCGUUAAGCCGAUAAGAAAAAACGAGCUUAAAAUCCUUUGGCAACAUGUUUGGAGAAGAUGUCAAAGUUCUAGCGGCAGUGGGAGUGAAAGUGGAACACAUCAAACUCAAAAGUCUGUGAAAUCAAAGAGUAUUAGAAAAUCUGACAACGAUUCAGGAAGUAGUGGUGAGAAUGAAAAUGGGAGCAUUGGCCUGAAUGCUAGUGAUGGAAGUAGUGAUGGGAGUGGGACGCAGAGCUCUUGGACGAAAAAAGCUGUGGAGGUUGAUGACAGUCCACGAACAGUAUCUCCAUGGGAUCGAGUUGAUAGCACCUGCGCACAAGUGGUACAUUCCAACCCCGAGGUUCCCAGUAAUCACUUGGUUGCAGCACUUGCUGAGAAGAAGAAUCAAGAACAGGAUGAAAAAUUUGAAGAUGUCACAAUGGGUAGAGAUUUGGAGAUUAGUAUUCGUAGAAAUCAGGAUCUGGCACUGGAGCCAAAAGAUGAACCCCUAACUAAAACUACUGGCAUUAUGAGACAGGAGAAUUCAUUUGAAAAAAGCUCUAGUAAAUGGAAAAUGAAAGUUGGAAAAGGACCAUUGGACCUCAGUAGCGAAAGCCCUUCAAGUAAACAAAUGCAUGAAGAUGGAGGCUCGGGGUUCAACGCUAUGUCUAGCCACCUUCAAGAUAACAGAGAACCCAAGGCGCCUAACACACACUGCGACAUAUUAGAUACAAGUGAAGCUGCUGUCAAAAUUUCUGAAGUGACAAUGCAAGUGGAACAUAGUUCAAAGAGGCAUAGAGGACUUAAAGAUGAUGGGACAGUAGUUAGGGAUGAUCGGAAUGUGCUAAGACGUUCAGAGGGUUCAGCUUUCUCAAGGUAUAAUCCAGCCUCAAAUGCACAUAAGCUUUCUGGCGGGAACUUGGGAAGCAAUUCUCUUCAUGAUAAUAAUAGCCAAGAUCUUAUAAAAAAGACUGAAGCGGCAUGUGAUUGUCACUCAAACAUGAACGAUAGUCUGCCCAAUAAUCAUCACUCACGUGUCGGUAGUAAUAACUUUGAAAUGAGUUCCACAACUGAGAACAACGCUUUCACAACGCCAGGAGCUCCAAAAGUAAGCUCAGCAGGAUCUUCAUCAGCCAAGCAUUCAUCGUUUCAGCCUCUACCUUGUGAUCAUCACCAAUCGUCCUAUAAUCUUGUUCACAUCCCUGAGCGGAAGUUACCGCCACAAAGUGGAUCCUCGAAUGUGUACAAUGAGGCGAUUGAAGGUAACAACAACACAGUGAAUUACAGUCUGAAUGGAAGUGUAUCAGGUAGUGGUCAUGGAAGCAAUGGCCCAUAUGGAAGCAGCAAUGGUGUGAAUGCUGGAGGGAUGAAUAUGGGAAGUGAUAAUGGUGCUGGGAAAAGUGGAAGUGGCGAUGGUAGCGGAAGCGGAAGUGGAAGCGGUAAUAUGACAGACGAAAAUAAGAUCUCUCAAAGGGAAGCUGCUUUGACAAAGUUCCGUCAGAAGAGAAAAGAGAGAUGCUUCAGAAAGAAGGUACGAUACCAAAGCCGGAAAAAACUAGCAGAACAACGCCCUCGUGUCCGUGGCCAAUUUGUCCGUAAAACAGCCGCUGCAACAGACGAUAACGACAUAAAAAACGCCGAAGAUAGCUAACGGGCUCUUCUCAGCCCCUCCCCAAAAAAAAUUAGUAACGUUCUCAUCGUCUUUGUUGGGAACAAUCAAUCUAUCUAUCAAUCACCUGUUUUAACAAUUUUUAUUUACCCUCAAAGUCUGAUUCUUUGAUACUAUUAUUCCACGAAACAAUGACACGACGACAUUUGAUUGUUUGUUAUUGUCGUCGUUGUAUGGUCUGGUUUGUGGAUUUAGGACGAAGGGUUUGGUUCAUGAGUUCGAGGAUGUAGUUGUAGAUGUUGUAAACUUGUAAAACAGUAACCACUGUUGUAUAUUUUUGUAUAAGCUUGCUUUUGGGCCAUAGUA